UUAUUGCGGAUCAUACCAGCCAUAUUAUAGUUUAAUGUUAACACUAUAAUAUGCUCUAAAUUAAUACUUUUACUUUGGCUCAGAAAAAAAAAUGUUAUCAUGUCAGUAGUGUAUCCUUCAGGUGUAUUUCUUAGUCAAGUAUUGUUAAUUUUGAUUAAGGAUUUCAUGAGUAGACUAUAAUUUUUUUUUUGUUCUUUUUCUUAGGAGUCAAAGUGGAUGACAGGGAUAAGUGAAUUUAAUUUACCGAGUUAGAAGUUAGCGUCUGAGUCUUACAGCUGCAGAUACCUUCCCUCAUAAUGUGGCUUUCCCAUGUUAGGUGCCUUCUAGAUUUCCUUCAAAGUACAAAAGAGCCUCACUCAAUUCACGUUCUUGGCUUUUAUGUGCUGCAUUUUGUUAAAUGCUGAGCCUUCAAGAGGGUUCCACUUCCAUCCAAAUAAGACCAACCACGAAUCUCGGUGUGUGUUUUACAUGAGUUCCCAGAUCUGAGUCUUUUCUCUUUAGCCUUUACCAUGACGUGUGCUAGAAAAGAUUGAUGAACUUGGUGUGUUGAGUCCUUUCUCUGUGUAUAUUUAUUUACAUACACACACACGCACAAUAAUAAUAUACUUGUGUUGUUGUGUGUGAAGUGUGAUUCUGUAAAAUUCAACAUAGAGUGGAAAUGGCUCCAAGGCUGGAUUUUUCCAAUUGGUGGACCAAGGAUACACAGAAAGGAACACCAGUGGUGGUGAAAAUGGAGAACCCCAAUUUCUCUGUCGUGGAGAUCAAUGGUGCUGAUGCUGCAUUCAGGCCAGUGGAGAAAAGCCGUGGCAAGAAUGCCAAACAAGUGACGUGGGUGUUGCUUCUGAGGGCUCACCGUGCUGUUGGUUGUGUCACUUGGCUUGCCACUGUGCUUUGGGCGUUGCUUGGAGCCAUCAAGAAGAGGUUGAUUCAUGGAGAAGGUGAGAGUGAGAGUGACAAGUUGGAAAAGGGAAAGUUACUGUUUAGGGUCAUUAGAGUGUUCCUAGUGACUUCCUUGGCAGUUCUGGCCUUUGAGGUCGUUGCUUACCUUCAAGGUUGGCAUUUUGGGAAUCCCACUAACUUGCACAUUCCUCGUACUUCUGAUUUUGAAGGCUUGCUCCACUUGGCUUAUGUUGCUUGGUUAACUUUUCGUGCUGAGUAUAUUGCUCCUCCUAUUCAGGCACUUUCCAAGUUUUGUGUUGUUUUGUUUCUUAUACAGUCUGUGGAUCGCAUGCUCCUUUGCUUGGGGUGCUUUUGGAUCAAAUACAGGAAGGUUAAGCCGAAGAUUGACGGGGAUCCGCUCGAGAUUGAUGAUGUUGAAGGAUCAGCAAGCAAUUAUCCCAUGGUUUUGGUUCAAAUUCCAAUGUGCAAUGAGAGGGAGGUGUAUGAGCAAUCUAUUUCUGCAGUCUGCCAGAUUGAUUGGCCUAGGGAUCGUUUACUGAUUCAAGUACUUGAUGAUUCUGAUGAUGAGAGUAUACAGUGGUUAAUUAAGACAGAGGUCUCUAAAUGGAGCCAAAAGGGAAUCAAUAUAAUCUAUAGGCAUCGCUUAAUCAGGACUGGAUAUAAAGCUGGAAAUCUUAAUUCCGCAAUGAGCUGUGACUAUGUGAAAGACUAUGAGUUUGUUGCAAUUUUUGAUGCAGACUUUCAACCAAAUCCUGACUUUCUUAAGCAAACUGUGCCACAUUUCAAGGACAAUCCUGAACUCGGCUUGGUUCAAGCUAGAUGGUCUUUUGUGAACAAGGACGAGAAUUUGUUGACUCGUCUCCAAAACAUUAAUCUAUGCUUCCAUUUUGAGGUAGAACAACAGGUCAAUGGGGUGUUUCUCAAUUUUUUUGGUUUCAAUGGAACUGCUGGUGUUUGGAGAAUCAAGGCACUAGAAGAAUCUGGGGGCUGGCUAGAGAGGACAACUGUAGAAGAUAUGGACAUUGCUGUCCGCGCUCAUCUAAAUGGUUGGAAGUUUAUCUUCCUAAAUGAUGUUAAGGUACCAUGUGAAGUUCCUGAGUCAUAUGAAGCGUAUAGGAAGCAGCAACAUCGCUGGCAUUCAGGUCCUAUGCAACUUUUUAGGUUGUGUCUUCCAGCAAUUGUGAGAUCUAAGGUGUCUCCAUGGAAGAAAGCAAACUUAAUACUGCUAUUUUUUCUGUUGAGGAAACUAAUCCUUCCCUUUUACUCCUUCACCUUAUUCUGCAUAAUUCUUCCUCUAACCAUGUUUGUACCAGAGGCAGAGCUUCCUUUGUGGGUGAUCUGCUAUGUUCCUGUAUUUAUGUCACUCCUUAAUAUCCUUCCUGCUCCAAAAUCUUUUCCUUUCAUAGUCCCCUACCUACUUUUCGAGAACACGAUGUCUGUCACCAAAUUCAAUGCAAUGGUGUCUGGUCUCUUCCAACUGGGAAGCUCUUAUGAAUGGGUUGUCACAAAGAAAGCUGGCAGGUCGUCAGAGUCUGAUUUACUGGCUGCUGCAGAAAGGGAAGCCAAGUCAAUAGAACAACAAAAGAUUCAUAGAGGAGCUUCUGACAGUGACCUUAUUGAGUCACACCAAUUUAAGGAACACAAAGAGGCAGCUCCAGCACCUGUUAAGAAAACUAACAAGAUAUAUAAGAAAGAGCUGACUUUGGCAUUUCUCCUUCUCACUGCUUCUGUUAGGAGUCUGUUAUCUGCACAAGGAGUUCACUUCUACUUUCUACUCUUCCAAGGAGUGACCUUCCUCCUCGUGGGGCUUGAUCUGAUUGGAGAGCAGAUGAGCUAGUUUUUCAUUCAAAACGGCAUAAAAGAGAUAAUGAGUGGAAAACACCUACUGAUUUAUCAUCUAAGUUGCAUUCCAGCAACAAAAUGAACCCUGAAGUAAAGUUAAAUCCUUUCUUUCCUUCUAAAAUUCACAGUACAGGUCUAGCAAACACAUAAUUGAUUGCAAGUACCAAAACAAGGUUUCUCUUAUCCAACACUAUAUCCAUUUUGCGUUCACAUGAUUCAUCCCGAGUAUUCCAUAUAGAGCACUGGUCAUUGUACUCUUACAGGUAUUGAAUUCUUGUUCACCGGUAUUGUUUAGUGUAUAAAAUCUUCAGUUUUCUUCAUUGUGUUUCAAAUGUCUUGAGUGGAGUGCAUCUUGCUUGAUAUGUCUCGAAUCAUAGGUGCCUUCAUGGUAAAUAGGGUGUGUAAAACAGGGCAUAUUUCUGUAAAUUCAUUGUUAUCUAAUUUAAACAAUAAAUUUUAUUCCCCCCCGAC